AGUUUUUGAGAAGUGCCUCAUAAAAACUGGAUGAACCAACUCAAUGGUCACACCUUCCCCUCUUCUACACUUGAUCCUUUUUCAAUCAAACUCUUUCAUAAUAACAUUAAAUUGAAUUGCAAAAAAUGCAUACAAAUUUCCCCUCAAGACUAAUCUGUAAAACCAAUCUUAUAAUCUUUUCACUUGUCAUCACAACCUUAGCCUUGCAACUGCCCAUGGCCAACUGUGACAGCAUUGGUUUAUCCAAAGCUAACUUCGUUACUGUUCUUAGCCUUGACGGUGGUGGUGUUCGUGGUAUUGUUUCGGCUACCAUACUUUCAUUUCUCGAAUCCAAGCUUCAGGAAAUAGAUGGACCAGAGGCACGAAUUGCGGAUUAUUUUGAUGUAAUUGCGGGAACGAGUACAGGAGGAUUGAUGACAUCCAUGCUGGCUGUUCCUGGUGACGAUAAUCGGCCUCUUUACACUGCAGAUGAUAUUAAGGAAUUUUACUUUUAUCAUGCUCCUAAAAUCUUUCCUCAAGUAAGCCGAAUUGCGUUCUUAAACAAAGUUGCAAAUUUCUUUGGGGCGGUUGUUGGACCAAAAUACGAUGGCAACUAUCUCCGAUCAAUCGCAAGGCAGAUAUUGGGAAACCAUACAAUCAAUCAGACCUUAACAGACGUCAUCAUACCAACUUUCGAUAUCAAACGCCUUCAGCCCAUAAUUUUCACCACUGACGACGCAAAAGAGUUUGCUUCGAAAAAUGCUCGCCUAUCAGACAUAUGCAUAGGCACGUCUGCGGCUCCAACUUAUUUUCCUCCUCACUUUUUCGAGACCAAAGAAACUGAUGGAUCCAUGCAUAGAUUUGAUCUAAUUGAUGGUGGAGUUGCAGCAAACAAUCCGACACAAGUGGCAAUCACACAUAUACUUAAGGAAGUUUUGAUCGGGAAACACAAGUUCGCCGAUAUAGAGUCCAUCGACAGCAAAAGGAUGCUAGUGCUUUCACUUGGGACGGGUAUAAACAGACGUUCGGAGAAAUAUAAUGCUUUGACAUCUUCCAAAUGGGGUUUGCUGAAUUGGGUCUUUAACAAUGGUUCCUCGCCUAUUUUUGAAAUCUACAGUGAUGCAAGCUCUGAUAUGGUUGAUAUUCAAGUCUCCACCCUCUUCAGAUCCCUUAAUGCCCAACACAACUAUUUACGCAUUCAGGAAGACAAUUUGCUUGGAGACAUGUCGUCUGUAGACAUAGCAACCGAGGAGAAUAUGCAGGCACUCGAGGCCAUGGGGAAAACAAUGCUGAACAAGAAGGUGUCGCGCGUGGACUUAGAGACGGGUAUAUUUCAAGUGGUCGAAAGAGAAGGUACAAAUGCUGAAGCUUUGACUCGUUUCGCUAAUUUGCUUAGCCAAGAGCGAAACCUUCGCCUAAGUUAAUAUUCCAGUUGUUUGCCUAGUAUAGUACGUGUUGUAAUUUUGAUUAGAUUGUUUUGAAGAUCAUCAAAGUAGAUGGAUUAUGUUA